AUGGCAGAUCUGAGGGGCAGGGACGUGGAGCGGGUGACUGCCCCUCUCCUCCUGCCCAUGAGAGUGGUCCCUCCAGAGGGCUUCCUUGCCCGCCUCCCCGCCUCCUCCGAUGGCAUCUGGCAAGGCCGACAAGCUGCUGUCCCCUCCUCCUCCAACAUGGCCACGGGCCUGCUGCUUCCAUCCACCCACUCAUCCAUCCAUCCAUCCAUUCACCCAUUCAUCCAUCCAUCCAUCCAUUCACCCAUCCUUCCAUCCACCCACUCAUCCAUCCAUCCCUCAUCCAUCCACCCAUCCUUCCAUCCACCCACUCAUCCAUCCACCCAUCCCUCAUCCAUCCAUCCAUCCAUCCAUUCACCCAUCCUUCCAUCCACCCACUCAUCCAUCCACCCAUCCCUCAUCCAUCCAUCCAUCCAUCCAUCCAUUCAUCCAUCCAUCCCUCAUCCAUCCACCCAUCCUUCCAUCCACCCACUCAUCCAUCCACCCAUCCUUCAUCCAUCCAUCCCUCAUCCAUCCACCCAUCCUUCCAUCCACCCACUCAUCCAUCCACCCAUCCAUCCAUUCACCCACUCAUCCAUCCAUCCCUCAUCCAUUCACCCAUCCUUCCAUCCACCCACUCAUCCACCCAUCCCUCAUCCAUCCACCCACUCAUCCAUCCACCCAUCCUUCCAUCCACCCACUCAUCCAUCCAUCCAUCCAUUCACCCAUUCAUCCAUCCAUCCAUCCAUUCACCCAUCCUUCCAUCCACCCACUCAUCCAUCCAUCCCUCAUCCAUCCACCCAUCCUUCCAUCCACCCACUC